CUGACUUCGCGCUCGGGCCAAUGGCAGGGGCGGCUCGCCACAGCUCCUGCGAGCAAAGCCGUUCAUUGAGAAAAAUCCACAGUCGAGAGUUCGAGGUGAGGAGGCGCGGGCCAUGUAUGGGAAGACACCUCCGUCGAGCUCAGUUUUUUAUUUUUAAAAACGCACUGCCGAGAAACUUCACCUGUCAAGGUGAAGGCUCCAGCAACAUGGAUGGCUUUUAUGAUCAGCAAGUCCCUUUCGGGGUCCCUGAGAGUAAAUGUCACAUAGGAGAAGCAGAACGAUGUCUCAGUGAGAGGAAGAGGAAGUUCAUGGACACAGAGCUGGCUCAGGACACAGAAGAGCUCUUUCAAGAUCUGAGCCAGCUCCAGGAAAUAUGGAUUGCAGAAGCUCAGGUUCCUGACGAUGAGCAGUUUGUUCCAGAUUUCCAGUCCAACAGCUUGAUGCUUCAUGGACUGCCUAUCAGCAAAGUGAAGCGGGAGUCCAGCCCAACUAAAGAGCUGUCUCCCUGCAGAAAGCUCCAAGCUGACAUGUGCCUUUACAGUUACAGUGCCUGUGACACCAAGCCAGCUGGGCUUAAAGCUCUGAAUCCAGCCUCCACGCCGGUGCAGUGUGGCUCCACCCAUCCCGCUGGACCUCCACCUGCGAAGAGGGAUUUGCAACCUCCUGCCCCUCAGCUGACCCAUAACCGCCCCCCAAGCCACCUUCCUGCCCUGAGCCCCUCCCACCACCACAACAUCCCACAGGCCAACCAAAGCCAGCACUUUGCUCUGCCACGUCCCUCCAUCAGCUGCCCCAGUGCGUCUUUCAGCUCAGAACCAAGGUUUCAGCGGCAGCUGUCGGAGCCCUGCGUGUCUUUCCCCCUCCAGGAGAAAGCCGUGAACAGACCGUACCAACCCCUGAGCUGUGAUGGACGACCACCGUACCAGCGGCACCUUUCGGAGCCCCUGGUUUCCCACGGCCCCCGAGGUUUCAAACAGGAUCUGGUGGACCCGCGGUACCCAGAGCCAGGACCAGCCGGGCCGGGUGUGGCCCCGGCCCAAGCUGCCUUCAACCACGUCACAAUCAAACAAGAGCCGAGAGACUUCGGCUUCGACUCGGAUGUUCAAACAUGCCAGUCGUCAUCAUUUGGAAAGUCUUCAGUUAUGUACCAGAAGAACAAUGUUGGGUUUGGUCAUGAGCCACGUUUUCACUAUGAUGACACUUGUGUUGUGCCAGAAACACUAGAAGGUAAAGUGAAGCAGGAGGGUUUGCCGUACCAGCGCCGUGGCUCCCUGCAGCUCUGGCAGUUCCUGCUCACACUGCUGGACAAUCCGGCCAACGCACACCUGAUUGUCUGGACGGGACGAAACAUGGAGUUCAAGCUCAUCGACCCUGAAGAGGUGGCUCGUCUGUGGGGGAUCCAAAAGAAUCGACCAGCCAUGAACUACGACAAGCUGAGCCGUUCGCUGAGAUACUACUACGAAAAGGGCAUCAUGCAGAAGGUGGCCGGGGAGAGGUAUGUCUACAAGUUCGUAUGCAACCCUGAGGCGCUUUUCUCCAUGGCUUUCCCAGACAACCAGCGGCUGAGUCUGAAGGCCAACCCAGACGCCAUCCGGCCUCCCAGCGAGGAGGACAGCUUCCCCCUGCCCAGCUUUGAGGAGGAGGGUCCCUACCUACCUGAGGGAGGGGAGCAGUGCAUCCAGGGGCUGCCUUUCCCAGACAGCUACCCGUACUAGACUGCGCUCCUCCAAGAUGCAUACCUGCGAGAAUAAUUUAUCCAAGCGUUUUUUUUAAUCAAACCUAAAUGUCUCUUCUGACACACUUGAUUUUCCAGUUUCAACGUGACGAUCGUGCUUGAGGCUGAAAAUUCAGGGAGCUCUGAGAGUGUUGAUUUGGACAAAAAUGCAGUCGUUUGUGCAAAACUAUUCUCGUUGUAAUUUUUGUUCGCAGCGACGACUUGAGACCAGCUCUGCCCGCCCGCCGCCCUCCGACCCUCCUGGCGUUUGAGAUCUUUUUCCUCAAAAGUCGCACGGAGAAACCCUAAAGCGCGGAUAUAAUUUAGUAGCAUUGGCCAUCACUGUAGUCCUCGCUGAUGUGAACUCUGGGAUCAGUAUUUCAACCAAAAAGUAUCUCAAAGCCAUGGCACUCCUUUACUAAUUUACUUAUAAUUGUUUUUUUUGUUUUUUUUGGAUAAGCCUUUUAAUGCUUUGAAAGGGACUCGAGUUAUUUUCCAGACGUUAUGGUCCACCUAUACACAUGUAUAUUGACAUGUCUUUUGUGUAUUUUUCUUGUUAUCAAAGCUAAUAUUUUGGCAUUAUAUGGAACUUUUUUUUUCCUAAACCGUUUUAUGAUAAAAAGUACUACUCCUAUUUUUGAUUGUGUAACAUUGCCACUAUGAAGCUAAUAAUAAGCAUGGACUUUCUUACAAGCAGCUCACCAGUUAUUGUACUAUUGAGAUAGCUUUCUGCGUUUUGUAUGGUUGAUUUGCUUCAGUGUGUAGAAAAAGGUGUCUAAUUACAUAUGAAUCUAUUUUUUCUAAAGGCGGCUUGUGCUUUACGUUGUAUCUUGAGCUGCAGGAUUUAAUCUGCUAAUCUACUGCAUCGACGUCCAGCCUGUCCGAGGUUGAAUGACUUCUACCCUUUGAGUCCUGCAGAUAGAUAUGGAUGUAAUGCUAUAUUUUGCUAUAUAUGAUCACAUGACGGUGUGAGGCUGGAGAAAGACACUGACGCUGGUGUGUGUCUACCCUCAGUAUGUGUGCCUUUUUUGUUGAUCUUUACUGAUACAAUAAACUAUUCUACUCUUUUA